CUUUCAUUCGAUUGCUAGCAUUUUUCGCGACAAGUAGCAAAGUAUUCGUGCCGAGCGUGACGACGACAGUCGACCAAAAAAAAAAAAAAGAAGGGAUAGUGAACCGCGCCGCGUUUUCUUUUUGUUUCUGCCGCCUGUAGUUGCUUUUUCUCGGUUUCUUGGACCCGUGAAUCGAGUGCAAGAUUUGGUUAGUGCGAAUAGAUCGGAAGAAAAUUUUCACAUGAAAUUUGACCGCAGGACGGAGGAAAAUCUUCGAGUGUAAAGUGAAUAAAAUCUGCGAGUUUCAGUGGAGGCAAGCGUUCGAGAGCCAAGCGAAUUAGGUUGACGUCAUCAUCAAACGGAGGAGCGCAGUGUUUCUAGAGCGGAACUGGUCUAUUCUUAACGCCGCAGGCGACACUCGCGUGGAGGAAGAUACUGUUUAUUUGUUUAUUUUUUUUUGGCACCGGAAGCUGUGUGGUGUAGUGACGGUUCUCAACUAACCGAAGGAAAUGUCUGACUACGAUUUAGACGUGGACAACUUGAUACAGCGUCUGCUGGAAGCACACAAACUACAACAGCAACAGACACAGGAAACUCGGAAAAAGGGGAAACUGAAAGACAUAUUCUCGUCAGAUUUUAUGGUCAGAGGAUGUCGACCGGGAAAGGCGGUGCCCAUGUCAGAGGAGGAAAUCCGAGGUCUGUGUCUGAAAUCACGUGAAAUUUUUCUGCAGCAGCCGAUUCUGCUCGAACUGGAGGCCCCACUGAAGAUUUGUGGUGACAUCCACGGCCAAUACACAGAUCUACUGCGUCUGUUCGAGUACGGGGGCUUCCCGCCGGAGGCCAACUAUCUGUUCCUGGGCGAUUACGUGGACCGGGGCAAGCAGUCGCUGGAGACGAUCUGUCUGCUGUUGGCUUACAAAAUCAAAUACCCGGAGAACUUUUUCCUGCUGCGGGGCAAUCACGAGUGUGCCAGUAUUAAUAGGAUAUAUGGAUUUUAUGACGAGUGCAAACGGAGGUACAAUGUUAAGCUGUGGAAAACAUUCACCGACUGCUUUAACUGCUUACCGAUUGCGGCCAUCAUAGACGAGAAGAUAUUCUGCUGCCACGGCGGGCUGAGUCCCGAUUUGAAUCAUAUGGAACAAAUCAGAAGAAUUAUGCGGCCAACUGAUGUUCCCGAUACUGGACUACUGUGUGACCUGCUGUGGAGCGAUCCAGACAAGGAUGUUAAGGGUUGGGGAGAAAACGAUCGUGGUGUCAGUUUCACGUUCGGCGUCGAUGUGGUAUCCAAAUUUUUAGGCUUACACGAUCUGGACCUGAUCUGCCGAGCCCAUCAAGUGGUUGAGGAUGGGUAUGAGUUCUUCGCGAAACGCUCGCUGGUGACCCUGUUCUCCGCACCCAACUAUUGCGGCGAGUUCGAUAACGCUGGAGGCAUGAUGUCGGUGGACGAGAAUUUAAUGUGUUCAUUUCAGAUUCUGAAACCAUCGGAGAAGAAGGCAAAGUAUCAGUACACCGGAACGAACACACAGCGACCACAGACGCCCCAGCGGAACCAGAAUCAACCGCUGCCACCGAGCAAACGGAAAUAAUAAUUUCUCUCUCUUCUGAAUCGCUAUCUGAUCCGACGACGCAGCGGCAGCGGUGGUGGCGGCGGAAGCACCCGGAAGCAGAAAUCAUCAUCUUCGUCAACAAACACAUCUGACUCAUCGUCCACGUCGACUGCCGUUCCAGCAGCCGUCCCAUCUAAUGUCUCAUCCAAUAGUAGUAGUAAUAGUAGCAGUAGCAGUACCAUAGGGAACCAUAAUCAAAAGCACCACCAUCAUCACCAGCAGCAGUAUCAUCACCACUCGGUUGCUUCCCCGGCUUUGUCCAAAUAUCACACCAAUAAAACCAAUCGUCUGAAAGUUAUACGUGACGAUGAUUACGGUGAGCGGGCGAGGGAGGAAUACACCAACGAUGACGUAGACGAUGACGAGGGGGAAGAGGAGGAACUAAUAGUGACUAUUCCUCCGCCUCCACCACCACCUCAGGUGAUUGUUAUGCAGCAGCAGUUCCGCUCGAUGCGGCUGCAUUCUCCCACGGAACCACUUCCAAUGCAAGCAACGCAUCAACAACAACAACAACAUGCACAUACAACCACCAUACAGAUCUUACCGAAGGUAGUAACAGUACCAAUAGUGGUACCACCACCGACACCACCCCUUCCAUCAUCAUCCUCUUCGUCCAUUCUGUCCUGAUCGCCAUGGGUACCACAAAAACAAACCUCCCUAGCAGCUUUACAAACAGCGCCAGCUAAGAAGCAACCGGAGUUGAUGGGACCAGUCGCAGCGGCAGCGGUGCAUCCAUCGUCGUCUUCUAGAAUGCCACCGGUAGGGCUAGGUCAAUCGGCUUCGUCGGUGACGUUCUCCACCUUCCGAAGGGUUCAUUGAUUUGGCAUUUAUUUCGUUACAUAACCUUGAAAUUUGUAAUAUGCGAUUGGUAUUUUUGAGCGAGCAGAAACCGGGACUAAACAGAGAUAAGCAGAGACAAAUGGAUUUCUGUGAGAUUCGGUUUAUUAGAUUUUGUUCACAGCGUUUUAUUUUUUAACAGGUUGAGCCUGUCAAGCUGGAGAAGGAGAUCCGGCUAGAUGCCGGACAGUGAAUUGUUUUUUUUUUAUUUUUAGCUCAACUUGGAAUUUAUAUGGAAAAUAAUAGACCGAAAUAUUCUGAAGUACGUACGGCGUUGUUGUUAUUUGGUAUCGUGGUGAUGUUUUGUGCGUUUUUUCUUCCCAAGAUGGAUAUUGAUGGUAAGUUAACCGACACAGAUUGAGAACCAAAACUCAAACGGUCACAAAAGCUUGGAUUAUCAAGGCGACAUUCUCGCGUGAUUAAAUUAUUCAUUUCAAUGAGGUCUCAGUUGGAAUACCAAGAUUUUGAGGUUUGAUGGCGUCCAGCUAGAAUGUUGAUUCGAACAAUCCGAAUAACUUCUUAAGAGUGGAGGUUUUCAAAAGAGCGUAGGCUUCCGCACUGAAGAUGGAACAUGAUGAGGGUAAGGUGGAACAGGUGCUUGUAUAUUCGCUGGUAAUUCCGUAGCCAACCUUGCCAUUGGCAACGGAACCACUAGUGAAAAUUUGAUGAAAGCCUUCAUACCCCUCGCUACACAAUCUGAGGAAAUGUUGUUGGAUUUUAAAUGGAAGAUCCCGACUUGAGCUUGAUUCAGUAGGGGGAAAUCUAUUUUAGAAGGGUAUUCAAUCCAGAGUCUAGUUUUGGUUCUGGAUAAGGUAGCUAUGGACGGAAGGUUGAAGCUGGUCAAGGAGUGUAGUAUCUGGUUGGCUCUCAGUAACAGGGGGAUAUCGUCGCGACCUUUGAGGAUAAGCCAAUGCACAGCCACACACCGUAAAGUAGAGCUUGAACGCUAGCUGGCCACACUCGGUCAUCACUGCGGAAGUAGUACUUGUUUUAAACACUCCAGAGGCAACUUUGUUGUAUAAUGGACAUAGGUUCUUAUCAACAUGGAUACCUCUGCUAAAAAGUCCAGCACCGUAGAACAUUUUGGAUAGCCAGCAGUUCACGAUUUGCAAGAUAGAUGUUCUAUGGGCACAGGGAACUCUAGAUGCAAUCGUUCUGAUUAUUUAGAGGCGCUUACCCGAAGUAUUUCUCACAUAGUCUUUGUGGUGAUUAAAGCUGAGCGUUCGAUCGAGGUAAACUCCAAGCAUCUUGAGAGAUGUACAUUCUAAAGGGUGUUCCACAUCAGAUUGCAUCACGGAAAAAACUCUGUAGAAAAUUACCUAGUUGAUCGAUCCUUUUCAAACUGUCAGACAGUAAAAUAUAACCCAUUAAUAAGCUUUUGGCAUAUUUAUUUCAUUCAACUUCAAUACCAUAACCGUAUGCUCGCACUUUACGCCUCAUUCCACUCUUAAGGUUCUGUUCAACAUCUUGCAGUAACUUCUUCGGUAGGGAAACCUACUUUUUCUGCAUGUCCUCCUCAAAUUUGACCUUCUUAGGAUGCUUCCGUAGUGCCUGCUUCAUAAUAUCCCAUUAUUUUUCGAUGUGGCUAGAUUCGGACAGAAGAUCGCAGGGCCUUCGUGUUGCUUCAACAGAGGAAACAGACGCUUCCGUAGACACUCCUUGAGAUAUAUUUGCCCUUUUACAGUUCCGGUAAUCACGAACGAGGCACUCCACUUGCUACAUGAACAGAUCGCAUGCCUAAUCAUAUAUUUCUUGGCAAACUUUGAAAGUUCCUGCUUCCUUACUUCCUCCGGAAUAUCAGAAGAACUUGUGCUGAGCGAUGGAGAACAAUGGUUCAAUUAAGGGGGUAUCAAAAAUACGCAGAGAAGUAGUGGCUUGGGGUAGAAGGAGGGAUUGAGUGGCCAGGAAUAUUUUGGAGAUUAUUAAUUAAUUCCGGGGUUUCUUUGGUUGGAUAAGAAACUUCAGUAGAGUUCUGCCUUUCUUGUGCUUUUAAAACGUUCGGUUUGGGAAAACUUUCACUAAUGUGGAUGUAAGACUCAGUCGUAUUCAUCUGCUUAUUGAUAAUGUCGGAUUCCAUGUCGGUCUGGGAUUGCUGUUUGAUGCGUUUUUUCCUUUUCGUUCAUUUUCUUUUCCAAUUCUUGCAAUCGUGUUGAUAGUGAAGCGAAGGUUUCGGUAAGUUGUUUCAUCGUUUCGCCUUUUCGACGUAGGACUACGUCUUUCAUUGCUAUACUGGAGUGUAAGUUCAAAGUUUUGAAAACGAGAGCGUUACGCCGGAACAACAACAUUUUGAGCGAUGAUACUUCUUUGCCGGCUAAACGUAAUGGUAUGAUAACUACUGCAUUCGAAAGAUAAAAUGUCCACGCGUUAUUUGUUUAUUAAUUAUUGACCCGAAAACUUGUUUCAAUAGCUUGAAAAAUACUUUUGAAACAGGCUAUUGAAAUCACACAAAUCUUUAUACGAGCUGCUCGGAAAUCCAUUUAGUUGUGAUUGCAAAGCGACGGAAAGAUGGUCUCGCUCGCUCGCUCAAACACUAUGUUCUUCUCUCCCAAUUCCACUUCUUUUCUGCAGCCGGACCGAACGGAGUCUUUAGCGAAAAACGAAGUGUGGAUGACAAUUCGAUACAGAUUGUGUAUCGUAUCCCACCAUAUGUAUAGAGAAUAUCCCACCAUAUUAAAGAAACCGUAUUGUUUGAUGAAAGCAGAAGACUUAGUAUCAUUUGUUGACGAAUGCCGAAUGGUCGAUGAUUCCAACUGGCGGGAAGGGAGUAUUAUUUGCGCAGGGUAUUUUCGAGAAGAAUUCGAUUCCUCCUUUGAGCGUUCAUGACACUUCUCCAGCUAAGCGAAGUGAAAGUGUAAUCACUUUAUUCGAAAGAUGAAAUGCCAAAGAUUUAUAUGCUAAUUAAUUAUUGUCCCGAAAACCUAUUUCAGUAGUUUGAAAAUUGUUCCGAAAAUAGGCUAUUGAGAUCAUGAAAAUCGAUAUAUAAGCUUGUGCCCGUUCGGAAAUCAAGAACGUUGUUCGAUAUUUGCUGAAGCGGACACGGUUUGCUGAGGAGCGUCGAACGAUAAUGAAGUGGCAGGUGGAGGAAAAAUUUGGAUUGAGUCGUCCCCAAGGGUCCUUCUCAGGGCUAGAGACGAAUGAACUGCAAACGUUCAAAAUCUCUAUGAUCCAACAAGAAGAAAAAAAGGAUGAAAUCCAUUUUGUUGUGCUUGCGAAGUGACAUGAGAAUGGUCUCGCUAGCUCAACAAACACUAUGCUCUUCUAUCUCAAUCUUUUCUGCCAUCGGACUGAACGGAGCCUCAUAUUUGGUGAAAGCAGCAGUCCUAUUAACGAAUGCUCACGAAUGCUGCUAUCGAUCGAUGAUUCCAAAUGUCGGGGUAUUAUUUGCGCUGGGUAUUUUCGAGGAGAAAUCGACUCCUUCUUUGAGCGUUAAUAAUUCUUUUCUGGCUAAACGAAGUGGUUUGACAAUCUUUUUAUUCGAAAGAUGAAAUGUCUAAGAGCUAUAUGCUUGUUACUUAUUGAUUGAUAAGCCAACGGUAGUCCUACGUCUACCUUGCGAUUAUAUCACCGAUAUAACCCGCUUCUAGUUUUGUUUAAGCUGUUCUAAUUCUGGUCAGGUUUCACGAGGGGUGACCAAACGUCGUUGUAUCUGGCUAAUGACCGCGUAGGAACCAGUUCCUGCCUUCAACUGUUUCGUUGUUUUAUGAUGGGAAAAUUCUUUUUGUAAAGCAAAGACGGACGGAGCUCCUUCUCUAUCACGUUUUUUGGGAAAGUUCGGCUUGUUGAGCUCUGCUUGUCGUUGCAGUGCAUGCAGAAUGGAUCUGCACUACGAACACCAUCCAAGUUGUGUACUUCCAAACAAUUGCAGCAUUUAGGCAGUUGAUUUGGGCAGUGCAAUUUAGUGUUCAGUUCAGGACUUUAACCAGAUGGUCAUUCGUCCCUGUGCAAUUUACGGUCCUAUGUCCCAGACCGGACCAGAUGCCACCUCCGAACUAACACCAGAUAUCACUAUAAGUUUGCUCUGGGAGCAAUCGAAAUUGUGACUAAAUUACACACAUACAUACGCUUGGGCAAACUUCAAACGUGUUUAGUCUGUUAAGGAUUAAUUGAAUCACCCUAUAAUUUGUAUAACAGUUUAUGUGAGAAACGUUAUAGCGUGCAUACUAUCUUACGCUACUCUCACCACUCACUCACUCAGAUCAAGUUAGCGGAAGAGUAGGAAUAGGCUUUCCUGUGAGUUCGGGUUAGUGAUCGGAUUCUGUGCGUACUAUAUAACGCGUAUACAGUAGCCAGCUCAGCCUCACUUAAAUAAAGAUCAUAUCCAAGAGUACAUCUUAUCGCGAAUAAAAUCAUACCUUUUAUAAAUGGCCAUUUCGAAUACCGAGCCAAUCUAGUUUAAUUUCGUACAUAGUCUUUACCAAACAGGGUGAAUAAAACAUCAACCACGGAAAAACACAGAAUGGCAGAAAGACAGUUGUAUCGCAGUAAUUUCAGCCGAAUAACUGUUGCUUUCGUGACAACGGUCAAAAAACGAAUCUGAAAAGAGAAAGAGUUGAGCGAUGUCCCCUCUUAUCAAGUUCGGCUGUCAGAUGGCAAAUCUCCGGCUAAAUGUACGUUGCUCGUCAGGGUGGACCUCCAAACCUGUAUCAACUCUAAAGCUAUAUGAUUUCGCCGUAACUUUGACCUGAUGUCAUUCAAUUGUUUUUCAACAAAAAAAAAAAUCAAAAAAAAACCAUUGUAUCUCGAAUCCCGGGUGUCUGUUUCGAACGCUCACUCAUCGCUUGAUCUUGGUAAUGUUAGAAAUCGCGGAAACAAAUCAUUCACGCAUCCAUGCAUUUGGCAAUAUAGUUUGUGUACAACCCUUCUGGAGUGCGCGCUAAUGUUAGAAAUCGGAUCGCCCGGAGGGCAAGAGAGACUGAAGCUGUCGAACAUUGUGUUGUUAACGAGAAGAAACCUGUAUUUAUCAAAUAAAACAUAUGACUCUGUUACUGAUGUAAAACAAAACAAAACAAAACAAAAACAGUGAUGAUAAUCAUGUUUUUAUAUACAAAUUCAAACAUUAAACACGUGUGAAAUGUGCAUUCACACGAGAAAAGAAAAUAUAUAGCAAUGUUAUAAAACUGUAAGUUCUGAGCUUGAAGAACGCUUGCGUUGGUCGUUGGAUGAAAGGCUGUGGGAAGCCAAUUGACGCGUGUAGAAUAUGGAUCGAAGAGAGGGAAUAUUUCCUCCCAUCCGGAAUCGACGCGGAGAGAAAAGGGAUGUUGAUAGCAAGGCACACAAAACAAAUCAAGCUAACAAAUAUCAAUGUAUAAUGUGACAAAUAAAACUACCGUAGGGUUCGAUGGGGAAGCAGAUGAAAACAGAGAACAAAAUAGCAAACAAUAAAUACGUAGAACAAAAUAAUCAAACAAACAUACCAAGUAAUAUCGAACUAUGGAGGCAAAGGAGAAUGACGACAAAACAAAAAAGAUGUAGAGUGAUGAUUAUAAAUCCAUGUAUUUAAUACCGAACGCGCCAUCAUUAACAUGAAUGUAGUUGCAAGUCCUGUUGAAGCAAACUCAGAAACGAUGCUGACCAGAAGACGAGAGGGGUUUUUAAAACGUUUCAAUGCGAAGACUUUCUGUUAAUUCACGUAAGAAAAUCAAACCGUUGGUCAUUUUUAUCACCCACACUAAAUUUACCAAAAACAAAACUGAUGAAAUGAUUGCCUUCUUGAUGUAGCUGUAGAGGAAAGGGAUAAUGAUUCAAAAUCGAACCACCAACCUCUCUGGUUUGGUUCAACCUACUAACUUAAGAUGACCUUAACCGUGAGAGAAGCACUGUUUUUAAAACAAAAUUCACUUUGUCACGCAUUUAUAAUUCGCCUUCCGUGAUUUCGUGAAUUUCCGUGAACUUUUUCGUAGACCCACAAAUACACACACACACACUAACAAGCACGUCAGCUCGAAAUCCCACUUUUGCGAAAGGCUGUGAAUCACGUUUUUGAAGAAGUAGAAAAAUCAGAGCUAAUCAAAAUCCGGAGUCGUGUUUUCUUCAUCAACGUCAUUACCAGUUUUAA